AUGUUUACUACACAGAGGAAACAGAUCAUCAGGGAGGCUGUCUGGAAGCCGUGGAAGCCUGUGAGGUCUAAGGAGCAUGAGAACGUGUUGCCUUCGCUCCAGUCCAUCAAACACGAGCAGCUAUCGACCCGACAGGAGGAUAUACAAUUCUUGGAAUACUGGAAGUACGAAAAUCUCGACGCCGCGCAACCAGGAGUCAACUGCUUUGCCGGCAUCAUUCAUGAUGGGCACGUCUCGGACUGGUUACACCAACAAGGUCCCUUCGCUUUGAGAAAACCCAGUCCUGAGCACAAUGUCAUCGGCGGAAUAAGGAUUCUCAUCUGCGAGCAGCGGGAAAGUGAUCCUCUGACGUUUCCCAUCAGCCGGGAUUCCUACUUGCGUGUGGAGAAACACUUUCACCUGUCUCCUGCAACCCUUCCGUACUUCAAGAACAGCGGAUACAGCCAUAACUGGCGGCACGUUACCACUGGAGGCCGCAACGAACUCGUCCUCAUAACGUCACCUCCCGCAAACUCUCCCAUCUCCGGCGUCCGCCUAUCCCUCAGCCACGACCUCAACACCUCCAUCACGACCGCCCUCCUCUACGGGCCGCACCUCCUCUCCGCGCCGCCCGCCGGCGUCACCGUCUCCGGCCCCGCCACGUCGUGGUGCGCGCGGCCCGUCCCGCUGAUCCCGCAGCUGCGCGACCUGCUCGACGCCUGCGCCGGCAGCGACGCGCUGUGGACGCACCCGCUGCUCCUCCCGACGGCGCUGCUCGCCAACGCCGUCGAGCGCACGCAGGCGUUUUGCGCGCACGAGCUGGCUGCGCGCGUCGCCGCCGCCGACGAGGAGCUGCGGUCUUGUUGCGCGAAGCGCGGCGGCGCCGGCGGCGUCGAGGCGACCAUGGGCGAGGUCGGUGCCGUGGCGGAUGAGGCGGUCGGCGUCGAGGGGCUGUGUGCGUGGGAGAGUCGGAUCGCGGCGUGGUUGGGGGAUGUGGCGGAGCGGACGGAGGGACUGUUGAUGGUGCGAGGGGAGUGGGAUGGGGAUGGGGGUUGUGGUGAUGGUGGGAGCUGGGAGGUGAGGGAGAUGGUGGAGCAGUUGAGGACGGCGGCCGAGAGCGGUGUCGAGGAGGCUAGGAGGCUGAGGGCGAAGGCCGGGUGGUUGGUCGAUAUGCUCAACACCUCCGUCACCCAAACAAACAACCUCCUCACCGCCCAGCUCGCCGCAACCGCCACCCGCGACGGCGCCUCCGUCAAGUCCAUCGCACUCCUCAACACGCUCUUCCUCCCCGCAAUCUUCGUAGCCACCCUCAUAACAACAUUCGCCUGCUCCACCCACACCAACGGCACGACCACCACAACUGGAAACAACAACAACAACAACAACCCCCUCCUCUCCAAAAACCUGCGCACCUACUGGGCCACCACCAUCCCCCUCACCGUCCUCCUCCUCCUCUCCUGGCUCAUCUGGCGCCACCGCGCCACCCGCCUCUUCCAAGCCGACUACGCCGCCAUCCAGCGCGGCGAGGACCCCGUCAUCGCCGCCGCCACUACCGCCCGACCGCAGCAGCAACAACAACAACCGGCAAAGACGUCGUCUUCUCUUUUUUCUUCAUCGUCGUCGUCGUCAUCGUCGACACCCCCGCCGCCGCCGCAGCCGCAGCCGCAGUCCCAGCCCUCCACCACCUCGCGAACCACAGCACAACACGCCGCGCCGAACAGCGCGUUCGGAAACCACCACCAGUACCACCACCACCACCGCGGGGCAGCAGACGCCUACAUCGACGUCGACGUCCAAGACGACGGCCGCGUGCGCGAACAACGCGGCGGCGGCGGCGUACGCUCGCGCGUCUCGGCGGCGCUGCUGAUGCCGUCGGCGUCGGCGUCGUCCGCGUCGCGGACGGCGGAUGAGCGGCCGGCGAGUAGCAUGAGUAUGUGGCCGAGGGGGCCGACGGGGGUGUCGGGGGUGUCGGCGCCGGAGAUGACGAUGAUGGCGGCGGGGCGGAAGGGGAAGGGGAGGGGGUGGGAGGAGGAUGUGGGGAGGUUGGUUUGA